AUGAAUUGUCUUGUUUGGAAUUGUAGGGGGGCUGCUAUGAAACAGUUCAAAAUAACCCUCUGCAAUUUUAUUAGAAAAUAUAAGGUUGGUUUGGUUGCCAUUUUGGAACCAAGAAUUAGUGGUGUUUUGGCUCAAAAAAAAAAAAAACAGAUUGGAUUUAAGAAUGUUGUGAUAGAGGAAGCUGUUGGGUUCUUUGGUGGAAUUUGGUUAUUAUGGAAAAAAGAAUUAUGCUCUAUUUCUCUCGUAGAAAAAACUAACCAGUUUAUUCAUGUGAAUUGCUAUCUUAGUACUGGGCCUUCUUUUCUGUUGAAUGUUGUUUAUGCUUGUCUUAAGGAGGAAGGUAGAGAAGCUUUGUGGUUGGAUCUGAUUAGAAUUGGAGGUUCUGUGAUGGGUCCCUGGAUGAUGAUGGGGGAUUUUAAUGAAAUUGCAUCACUAAAGGAGAAAAAAGGUGGUGCCCCUUUCAAUCUGGCUAGAACUUUGAAGUUUUAUGCUGUUUUGAAUGAAAGUAAGGUUCUGGAUAUUUGUUGUAGAGGGUCAAGAUUUACAUGGAGAGGUCCUAAAUGGCUUCAUCUAAAUAGAGUUUUUAAAAGGCUGGAUAGAGUGUGUGCUAAUGCGGAUUGGAGAACUAGUUUUGCUGAUGCUUUUGUCAGAACAUUACCCAGGCUGAACUCUGACCACAACCCGUUUUUGCUGUCUCUUUUUCCUUCAGUGGUUAAUUGGAAAAGUAGGCCUUUUCGUUUCCUUGCAGCUUGGCAGGAUCAUUCCUCUUUCCUUCAUUUUCUGCAGGAUGUCUGGUGUUCGGAUUUGACUAUUGUUCAUAGCUUAGCUAACUUAGUGGAUCAGUUGAAAUCCUGGAACAUAAGGGUUUUUGGAUGCAUCCAGAUUAGGAAGGAUUUCUUGCUGAAAAAACUCCAUGAAACUCAGUUGGAAAGUCUCCUUAAUUUGGAUGAUGCUAAUGUUGUAUUGGAAGUAGCUAUCCAAAAAGAAUUGAAUGAGGUCGAUGCUUUAGCAUCAGGAAGCAGUGUUGUAGCAAUGGAGAUGAGGUCAGCAGUACAUACUGUUGACAUCAGCACCAGCAAACCAUGGAUCCAAGCCCAAUUUGGUUGA